GCUUCUGACCACAGACCCCUCCCAGCUGAGGGAGGAGGACCUCCCGGGGGACCUGCAGUCGCUGUCAUGGCUCACCUCUGUAGACGUGCCCCGGCUGCAGCAGAUGGCCGAUAGUCGAGGCCACAGUAACGGGCCCUCCCAAGGCAGCUUGUUGGAGCAACCGACAGCUCAGCUAAACAACAUGACGAUGACGGCGGGGCAGGGCUCCCUACUUCACCUCCAAACCAACAUGCAGCAAAGCCCUCUGGGAAUCAGCGGGCUGCCGUCUCCAGGAUAUCAAUGUCCUACUUCGGUCUACCAGCCUGCAGCCCAACAGCUGUACUCUCUAACUCAAACUGGACAACAGUGUUCAACUGGUGAGCUUUAUAGCAAUGUUUCUUUCAACAACCAAAGCCUGUUCACACAAACUUGCCUGGCUCCACAAGACCAGGACCUGCAGCCCAAGUCUUUCCCCAAACCAAUCUACUCUUACAGCUGUUUGAUCGCCAUGGCACUGAAGAACAGCAAAACUGGCAGCCUCCCAGUCAGUGAAAUCUAUAGCUUUAUGAAGGAACACUUUCCUUAUUUUAAGACAGCACCAGAUGGCUGGAAGAAUUCUGUCAGACACAACCUGUCUUUAAACAAAUGCUUUGAAAAAGUGGAGAACAAAACAAGUAGCUCAUCCCGUAAGGGCUGCUUAUGGGCACUGAACCCUGCCAAAAUUGAUAAGAUGGAGGAAGAGAUGCAGAAGUGGAAACGCAAGGACCUUCCAGCCAUCCGUCGCAGCAUGGCAAACCCAGAUGAGUUGGAUAAACUGAUCACAGACCGUCCAGAAAGCUGCAGACGUAAGGCCGUAGAGCCGAGCAUGACACGGCUGCCCGUCUGUCCAACUGGGCUCCCACUGCCCGUCGCAGCCCAGCUCCAGCCGCAGCCAAUAGUCACGCUGUCCUUGCCAUGCUUACCCAUGCGCCAGCAUCACCAACUUCAAGCCCAGCUUCAAGUCCAGGCCCGCCUGGCCCCCAUGUCCCCUGCUCCAGCUCAGACCCCACCCCUUCACACAGUCCCUGACCUCUCUCAGAGUCCCCUCACUCAACAGCCCAGCAAGCCACCAGACAGUUUCUACAGUGUGCACAGUGAUGCACACACAGAAGUGGAUGCACUGGACCCUAGUAUCAUGGACUUUGCGCUUCAAGGAAACCUGUGGGAGGAAAUGAAGGACGACAGCUUUAACCUGGAUGCAUUGGGUACCUUCAGUAACUCACCCCUGCGACUAUCAGACUGUGACUUGGGGACACUCGGUCUCCCUCCUGCUUCCAGUGGAGCAAACCUGCCACCAUCGGAUGUCCAAGUGACAGGUCUCUACACCUCCUACUCCUCCCAAGAUUGUCUCUCCACCCAGUACAUAGGCACAGCAGCUAACAGCAAGCCCAUCGUACUGCUAUAAACCAGCAGAAAGACGAACAGCUGAACUGUCGUGAAAAAUCAACUGCAUCUGUGGACAACAACUGAAUAAGUCAGACUACUGAUUUCUUUUCACAGUAAAUCACACAACCCAGUUUUCCCAAUGGGAACUCUGAGGAUUUGUGAAAAUUAUUUAGCGACAUGCAGUCUACAGAAAACAGCUACCAACUAAAACUAAAGAGGAGGCUAAAAGGAAAACCAUGCGACUUAUAUCAAGUCUGCAAAUACAAAUGAAAUGUUCUGCAGAAGUAUGUUAGUAGGU